CGUUCUCCAACAGCGGCUCAUCAUGCCAAUCAUCUUUGGCUCUCACCGACUUAUUUAACAUGUCAUCCAUCUUUCUUCUCCGAGUCAACGUCAGAUCCACCUGCAUGUAGCCAGCCUUACUGGCAACCCGGAGCAAGUGGUAUCAUCGGGCUUUCAUUAAUUAGCCUUUGUAAAUGGUAUCGCUCGCUCUUGCAUCGUUCUGCCAAAGGGGUAUAUAAUCACAAGGGAAACCUCGUCUUACUAUCCACUGCUCCCUUGGUUAUCCCAAAUCCUGUUCUUACAAACACUGAAGACCUUGAAUUGACCCUCAUUCUUUCAAAGGUGGUGAAUUAUAUUCACUGCUUUCUCAAGCUGUAUCGAAUUGUUAUCACAAUCAUUAUCAUCACUUAAUGAAUUAGGCUUACUUUUAUCCUUCUAUACCCUAUAUAUGUUAUUUCUCGCAAUGAGUGCAUAUAGGAGAUCUUCAGAGGAGAACUAUACUUACUCAAACGAACCCACACCAAUGGCUGCUUAUUGUGAAAGCCCAGCAAACGCUGAACUUUCCUACCAUACAACCAGCUCCUACAACAUUCUCCAGCCUUUCAGCUCCUAUUCAUCACCUUUGCCACCUUACUAUGGUCCACACACCCCCAUUGGGUUCCAAGGUGCCGAAGUGCAUCCGGGUCUAAAUGGACUUUCCUCUUCCCGGCAUGAACCGUCACAUUCGCCAGCCUACCGACACAGAUAUUUGAAUACAGAUCGUCUCAUUUCCAUGGCUGACAUGGCUGAGAGCGGUCUUGAAAGCCAGGAGUCGAUAAACGAAGCAACUAUGUUGUCAGAGCCUGUUAAACCCCCGCUAGAUGGUUUUCCGAACGUUGACGAGUUCGACCGACUAAUGAAAAGUUACGUGAAUGAUUUGUCCUCAAAAAAGCAAGACAAAGCGUUGAUCAAUGCCCGGAGAGCUCGCAAUAUCCGAACGGUCCUGGCGGAUCCAAAAGACACAGCUGUAGAAUCUGCCCAAUUCAGAUUUUGGGUGAAGAAAAUGUUCAAACUUGUCCCGGAUAGAAGUGCAGCAAGUGGCAACCAUUUGAUAUGCCAUGAGGGAAAGCCGGUAGCUAUUCGAGAAAAGCUAUUCAAGAUUCUAACUCGCGCCCAUCAAGAUUGUCAACAUGGAGGUCGUGACAAAACAUCGGCUCGUGUGCGCGAGAAGUAUUCCUGGGUGCCCAAAGAACUCAUAUCUCGCUUCGUGAAGAUAUGCCCUACAUGUCUUGGCCGUCGUGGAGCAUCGCAUUUUACACCUCCAGACUCAAGAAGGAACUCGCCCCAUCUAGAGCUUACAAGAGUACAUCCACAUCCCUUGUACACUGGAUAUCGACGAAAAUCAACAUACAGCCUUUCGGAUAGCUCUCAUCCACCAAUGAACUUUUCUCCGACCAAUCAUGAUUACCACCAUAAUGUAGGCUGGCCUGACAGUUCUUCUUCACAAUUCCAUAUGGAUGGCAGUGGGAGAUCGACAAGUUCCAUCAAACCACCCAGCUUACAAAGUGAUGCACCUAGCCAGCUAGUAGAGGCUUCUCAUAACACUAGUCUAAGUCAGUAUGGUGGAUCAGGGUUUUUAGCGCCUCACGCGAAUACGCGAUAUCAUGGAUAUUGAACUCUUUCAGCCAAUUACACUGUUUUCAAUGUAUUGAUGAUUAAAUUUUGUGUACAGUGAUAAUAUGGUGGAAUUGGUUGUGCUACUUUUGUCCUCCGAAGGUGAAUGAAUGCCUAUAAAAUGCGUGGUUUUUUGGUAUUAUGAAAGUGGAUGUAUACUCCACUGAAACCGGGCAUUUUUAGACACCAGAGAAAGAUCAAUUUAGUUCUGGUGUUGAUCUCUUAAACCAAAAUUUUGAUUUAUA